AUGGCGCCUUCCGCGAGAAGACUUCGCCAGAAAGAGGCUGUCUGGCCCCCCUCCAUGGCGCGGUACGAACAGCUGGAGAAGCUGGGCGCCGGCAUCAACGGGGAAGUGUUCAAGGCGUGGGACACCCAGGACAAGCUGAUCGUCACCAUCAAGCGGCUCAGCGGGAGCGGCAACGACGGCUUAAUUAUUUCCGGCAUACGGGAGGUUGCGCGCGAGAGCAUGUGCCUGGGCGCGUGCCGCGGCAUCCCCUCGAUCGUGCAGCACCGCCGGACCUACGCUGACGCAUACCAAUCCGAGACCGGCGACUCCUUCAUCGUGAUGGACUACGUCGGGCGCGUCAACCUGCGCGGCUACAUGCAGCGCCGGGUCACUCGUCGUCGUCCGUUCUCUGAGGCCGAGGUGCGCCGGAUCAUGAAGCAGCUCCUGGAGGGGGCGAAGGCCAUGCACGGCCUGGGCAUCCUGCACCUGGACAUCAAACCGGAGAACGUGCUCCUCGACGACGGCACGGAGGACAGGAAGGAGAGGCCCAAGAAGGGGGCCAUCGAAGCCGAUGUUCGCGGCGAGGUCAAGGGCGGCCGCGUAAUCUACAAGAUCGGCGGUUCCGGGAUGUCCCAGAAGGAAGGGCCGGGCAAGAGCCCGCCGGAGGUGACUAUUCUGACGCCGUACAGCGCACCGGAGCUCCUGCUGCACUCGCGUGAAUACGACGAUCGCGUGGACACCUGGGGGCUCGGAUGCAUAAUGGCCGACCUCCUCUCCGGCACCGGCGCCUCCACGUUCGACGGCGAGUCAGACAUAGAGAUCAUGGCCAAAGUGUUUGGCAUCGUUGGCACGGAGGGGAUCAAGGAGUGGUCUGGAUACUCGGGGCUAGCGGCAGACCGGAAGUCGAAGCUGCCGGGUGACGGAGGCAUCAGCCGCCUCCGGCACAAGUUUCCCAAUCGCAAGCUAUCGUCGGCCGGCUUCGAGGUGCUCAGCGGGUUGCUGGAGAGCAACCCGGAGAAGCGGCUUACCGCAGCGGAGACGCUCCAGAAGCCUUGGUUCCACUUCCACAACCGACGACGUGGCAUUGCUGGUUUCUUCAAGUCGUGCGUGGUUGGAGUCGUACCGGAGAUAUAG